AAUAGAGAUAAACCAGUAGCAAAAUGUGAAGGUAACAAAUACCUCUUGGGCUUUAGAAAGACAGUCGCACCGAUUUCAAACACUCCCAUUAGCAAAAUCCGAAUUAUCCAAUCGCCGGUACCUGAAAAUAUGCCGGAGACGGAGAGAGGGCGUCCGUUAUUAGCUUCGGAGGAGAGAGCUUAUGAUGAAACCGAGAAAGUUCUCAUAGUCGGAGUCGACGAAGAAGAAGACGGUGAUUACGGCGACGAGCUCGGGAACUCGCCUCGCUUCUCGUGGAAGAAGCUAUGGCUGUUCACUGGACCUGGGUUUCUGAUGAGCAUCGCCUUCCUCGACCCAGGUAACCUCGAGAGCGAUCUUCAAGCUGGAGCCAUCGCUGGGUACUCUUUGAUCUGGCUCUUGAUGUGGGCUACGGCGAUCGGGCUUCUGAUUCAGCUCCUCUCCGCUCGUCUCGGCGUCGCAACCGGUCGACAUCUGGCGGAGCUGUGUCGCGAAGAGUAUCCGACUUGGGCGAGGAUGGUGCUUUGGAUUAUGGCGGAGAUUGCUCUGAUCGGUGCCGAUAUUCAGGAAGUUAUCGGUAGUGCCAUAGCCAUCAAGAUCUUGUCUAAUGGCUUCAUCCCUCUCUGGGCUGGUGUUGUAAUCACUGCCCUCGACUGUUUCAUCUUUCUAUUUCUGGAGAAUUACGGGAUAAGGAAACUAGAAGCUGUGUUUGCUAUUUUGAUUGCAACAAUGGCGCUUGCAUUUGCUUGGAUGUUUGGUCAGACAAAACCCAGUGGAACCGAACUCCUUGUUGGAGCAUUAGUCCCAAAACUCAGUUCCAGGACUAUAAAGCAAGCUGUAGGAAUCGUGGGAUGUAUCAUCAUGCCUCACAACGUGUUCUUGCAUUCAGCGCUUGUGCAGUCGAGAGAAGUCGAUCCUAAAAAGAGAUUCCGGGUCAAAGAAGCUCUCAAGUACUACUCCAUUGAAUCAACCGGUGCUCUCGCGGUUUCCUUCAUAAUAAACGUCUUUGUGACCACCGUGUUUGCCAAAUCGUUCUACGGUACAGACAUAGCGGACACUAUCGGUCUUGCAAACGCGGGGCAGUACUUACAGGACAAGUAUGGUGGCGGGUUUUUCCCGAUACUCUACAUAUGGGCGAUCGGAGUCUUGGCUGCUGGUCAGAGUAGUACCAUCACUGGUACUUACGCCGGACAAUUCAUAAUGGGAGGGUUCUUGAAUCUCAAGAUGAAGAAAUGGGUCAGAGCUUUGAUUACAAGAAGCUGCGCGAUCAUCCCGACGAUGAUCGUCGCGCUCGUCUUUGACUCUUCCGACUCUAUGCUCGACCAGCUUAACGAAUGGCUAAACGUUCUUCAGUCUGUUCAGAUCCCUUUCGCUGUUAUCCCUCUCCUCUGCUUGGUCUCGAACGAGCAAAUCAUGGGCAGCUUCAAAAUCCAACCUUUGGUGCAAACAAUCUCAUGGAUCGUAGCUGCUCUUGUGAUAGCCAUUAAUGGGUAUCUAAUGGUGGAUUUCUUCUCAGGAGCUGCGACGAGUGUGGUGCUGCUCGUGCUCGUGAUCAUAUUCGCUGUUGCGUAUGUUCUGUUUGUGCUUUACCUUAUCUCAAGAGGCCUCACCUACACUCCUUGGCAAUUAGUGGCUUCACAGAAAGUUACAGAGAGGGAGGAUGAGUAAGUAAAAGACCUUUCUUGAACCAGAAGAGAUGAGUCCUUUUUACUCAAUAGCAAAAUUUGUGGAAACUGAAACAAGCAGUAGAAAGUUGGUAUGGUGGCGAUGUCGUGACUUAUUUUGUAAUAUAAGUGUUUAUGGUUUUCGAGUGUAGUUCUGGAAGAAGAUAAUUGGGACUUCUUCUUUUUCUUUUAGAAUCUGAAGUACCUUUUUCUAUCAAGAAGUACAACUAUAAUUCUAUCAAUUAUAAUCUGAAGUACCUUUUUCUAUCAAU